UGUAACUGUCAAGUAGGAAGCUGGUAGCACUUCUUUCAGCGUCUCUCCUGACAGUAGAGAAGCAUGACCACCCUGUUGGUUUUCUAGAAGCUCUUGAGAAGACGGAGGGAAGACAGAAUUAUGACACAAAAUCAUGUGGCGGGGAUGGAGACGUCCGCCAUCUCUGUUCUGAAGCGGGCGGUGGAGCUGGACCACAGCGGCCGCUUCCAGGAGUCUCUGGUCUGCUACCAGGAAGGCAUCCAGCUGCUUAUAGACGUGUUGAAAGCUGUGAAAGAUGACUCAAAGAGAGGCCACUACAGGGUGAAGAUAAAGGGCUACAUGGACCGAGCAGAGCAGAUCAAAGUGCACGUGAACCAGACGAAAGAAGAUGGGAAGUACCACGAGCAGAUUAGAAUAGCAGAGGAUGCUACUGGUUACAGCUACGAGGUUCUGUUCAAGCCAUACGUGAGCAGUUUGCUCACAGAAGUCUGGGUACAAGACCCUUACAUACGGCACACGCACCAAUUGUACAACUUCCUGCGGUUCAGUGAGAUGCUGCUGAAAGCGUCCUGCAAGGUGACAAAGAUCCAUCUCCUCACUUCACAGGAUGAAGCGGCCAGCGGCCAGCAGAGCGGCGCUCUGGCCGAGCUGAAAGAGAGUCUGAGUGCUCAGGGAGUGACUCUGGAUCUGCAGUACUCCUCCACGAUACAUGACAGGGAGAUCAGGUUUGACAAUGGUUGGAUCAUAAAGAUAGGAAGAGGGCUGGAUUACUUCAAGAGACCUCAGGGCCGAUUCUCUAUUGGAUAUUGUGACUAUGACCUCAGGCAGUGCCACGAGACCAACGUAGACAUUUUUCACACCAAACACACAAAAACACUAUGAGAUUCAUAAAGCUUCAAUUUUUUUUUCUAUCGUACUUACCUGCCUCAAAACGCACAGACACAUCUGCUGUGUUUUUGGAUUUGCCUUAACAUGCAAGUGAUUGGCCUUAUAACAACUGUGUAACUGAUUACAUUUAUCAUGUUUUACAAUGUGCUUUUGCAAAAGAGUUUUUGUUUUUUUACUUUCUUUCAUAAGAGUUUUAUGCUUUUUUUUUAAACUUUUCUAUUGCUGUAUGCUUUUAAGAUGUCAUACCGCCAUCUGGUGGACAAAUAUAUUAAAACAUAAAAUGUUGAUGUUUGAAGUGCUUUUAUUAUACCAUAAAAUGUCUCUCUAUUUUAUUAUUUGAUUUUGACCAUGAAAUGAGCUCGUCCAGUUACUUUAUAUUAAGUAUCUCACAUUUAAAGUAUGCUGUACAAAAACAUUUAAUACAUGUAAAAAUAUGAUAAUAAAAGGGAGUCUUACAGGAAUAGUAACU